AUGCCUAAAAAUAAAGGAAGAGGUGGUAAAAACUACAGAAGAGGUAAAAAUGAAAAUGAAACCAAGAGAGAAUUGGUUUUCAAAGAAGAAGGUAUGGAAUAUGCCCAAGUUAUUAAAAUGCUUGGUAAUGGUCGUCUCGAAGUUUUCUGUUUCGACGGCAAAAGAAGAAUUGGUCACAUUUGUGGUAGACUGAAAAAGAAGGUUUGGAUUAGCAUGGACGAUAUAGUCUUAGUUGGUCUCAGAGACUUUUAAGAUGAUAAGUGCGAUAUCCUCCUUAAGUAUUUACCUGAUGAAGUACGUAAUCUUAAACAAUAUGGUGAAAUCGAUGAAAAUAUCAAGAUUAACGAUAAAUCUGGUGCUGAUCAAGCUGAUGUUGUCUUCGAAGAUUCUGACAGUGAUGAUAAAGAUGAUGAUGACGAUGAUGAAGAUGAAUAACCUACUCGUCAAACUAACACUAGAGUUAAUUAGAUGGUUGAAAGCUCUGACGAAGAAGACAACAAGGAAACUGGAAACUAUGAAGAACAAAAGUACGAUUAGAAACAUCAAAAUAAGAAAGAUGAUAUUGACAUCGAUGAUAUCUGA